AAAAAAUCUUCAUUGGAAGAGAAUUUGAAAAAGAAAAAUAAAUAGGCAAGGCCAGGAACAGAGGCUCACUUUUCAGUCAGAGAAAGGAGACUGCCGCGGAGCACGGCGUCUCCUCCUCCUCGUCACCGGACUUCUCCGUAUUGUCUAUUCUCUCAGCUUGUGAAAAUGAUUUUCUUAUUCUGGACUCGACCAUCUCCUCGGGAGCAAAAGACUUGCAUAACCAAGUCUGGCCCCUUAAAUUAUGAUGCCAAGUAUCAAGGUGCCACCGCAAAACCCCUGCUGACCCUCAAAGAAGAUACGAAUCUCUCAAAGGAUGGUUUCUUACUCAAUCAUGCCCGUGUAUUAGUUGGUUCUGGUAUUGAUACCUAUGAAAAGGGCAAGCUCGCCCUCCAGGAUUGGAGGCAUUUCGGAAUGAAUUGGGCUUUCGUUGAUCCCAACACUCCAAUACAGGAGGGGGUGAAGUUCUGUGCCUGCACAAAGGUGUUUUUGCCGUGGGUCGUUAUGCCUCUUGAGGUUCUGUAUGUAAACGAUAACCGAAACCCCAAGAAGGGUGUAGCGUCUUUUAGCUUCGGGAGUGGCACACUUCGAGGUCAUCUGCUGGCUGGGGAAGAACGGUUCUCGGUCGAGCUCGACGACAACAAUCAAGUGUGGUACGAAGUACUCUCCUUCUCAAAACCUGCACACUUCCUGUCUCUCCUCGGGUACCCUUACAUAAAGCUCAGGCAGAAGUUCUUCGCCCAUCAAUCUACCAAUGCAGUCUUGAAACAUUUGACAGCUCCUUAAGUUUCACCCUGCAUCUGACAGUUGGCUCAGUUAUCUUUAGUAGCAAGGUCCAGAAAUUGGUUUCUUGUGAAUCAUAUCUAUGUGAAUCCCUUUUUUGGUUUUAAAUCCUUGGUCUCCUUAUCAAGAUCGGUGUACUUUUUCUUGUUGUGGAAAUGGUUUGCUUGUGCACGCUACUUCA